AUGUCAGCUCACGAUUCUUCUUUGCGUGAGACUAACUCGCCUACUCUGGCCAGCUACGUCUCUACGCAUAACGACACUUAUCCUUUCAUUAAUCCAUCCAAAGCCGACUUGACCGGCAAAUCAGUCUUCAUCUCCGGCGCCUCCAAGGAAAUCUGGAAGGCUACCGCAAUUCGCUUCGCUAUGGCAUGUUGCUCGAAAAUCAUCCUGGCUGCUCGUUCUGACAUGACCAAGAUUGAAGCGACUGUCAUAGAUGCUGCCAAGAAGGCAAAUCGGCCCCAGCCUCUCGUUCAUUCUAUCAAACCGGAUAUCACGACAGAGGAGUCGGUGAAAGCCGCCACCGAGACCGCCAAGGAAGAGUGGAAGCCCGUCACCGAGUCUGACCCGUCGGAGUGGUGGACUUGGGAGGUCACUAUGGAAGGAACUUACCUGUCCGCCCGCUAUUUCAUCGCGCUGUUUCUCAAGUCAUCGGCCAAAGCUAUCAUCAAUAUCAGUAGUGUCGGCGCUCAGAUCAUCGUUCCCGGAGCAUCAGCGUACCAGACGAGCAAGUUCGCUCUCUGCCGUUUUACUGAGUUCAUCGAUAAGAAAUAUUACGAGCAGGGAUUAGUGGCCAUAUCGAUUCAUCCAGGUGGGAUCAAGACCGAGCUCGCUUUGAACAUGCCCCCGGCGAUGCAUUCUCAUCUGAAUGAUACACUGGAGCUGGCCGCCGAUACUAUGGUCUGGUUAUCUCGUGAGAGGCGGGACUGGCUCUCCGGCAGGUUCAUCACUGUGAACUGGGACAUGGAGGAAUUGGAGAACAAGAAGAAGGAAAUCCUUCAAAGAAAUUUACUUAAGUUUCGUAUGACAAUCUGA